AUGGUUCGUUCCCCAUGUGUCAAGCUUACUACGGAGUCCAUAUUGAUCCCCACCUUGGUCCCCCGUGUAGGACUUCCUGACGCAAUUCGUCGCAAGCCCCAACGAGGCCGCACCGCCGCGAGCAGUUCGCAUCUCGUCCGCGACGCAGGCUCCCUUUGAGGAUCCAAGGGCACACCAUACCCACACUCACCGUCAUCGACAGGACAGCGACCUUUCGGACAAUCAAGCUUCAUCCAUCUCCGAGUCGACGAGCUCGUCGUCGUGGUCGUUGAAGGGCAGCGCCCAAGGCAGCAGCAGUUCGACUUUGGUCCUCGGCGACUCUGGCGUUCUACCACAACCGGUCGAGGGCCCCAGCGGCCCGACGAACCCCGAGCCCUCCACAGCCAACCCAUCGCUUUCGGGUCUCGAUGCAGACAGGAUCAGUCUGAGCGGUCGAUCGAAUCGAUCUUCUCUACGACGAGACUCGAAAAAGAGCGACGGUUCCUCCUUGUACAGCUUCACGAGCUCGGUUGAUUGGCAAGCGCAGGAAGAGACGACGGCCGAGAAAUUUGCUCACCUCCGACACGACUUUGUUACCGAGGAACCGGAGGAGGUGCCUGAGAUCGAGCCUAUCAUCGAGCCACCGUCGUUGAAGAAGGGGGAUGUGAGGACGUUAUCAUCGAGAGUGGUCGCAACUGUGACGCUGUGGGAGGAUGGGACGCUCAGUUCGUCGAAAGGGAAAGGAAGCGCGAAUAAAACGGAUCGCGAUGCGGUCGAGCAAUGGGCUGUUGAAGGGGUGUUGUGGAUCACUCGCAAGGUCAGACGAACGCAAAGAGCGACGCCAAUAUUUCAGCUGCUAAAGUCACGUUCGUAAUCUUGCCUGACAGUCGGAGCUGAUCUUCAUCAUCGACCAGUCGGUCCCACCCCGCCGCUUCAUGGCGGCUCGUCCUGCCUUCAAGUCGCGGCGUUCCUCCUCCCUCUUCCACUUUGGUCGAAGUGGGAGCAAGUCCCGUUCUACGUCCCCCGCCUCCUCCAUAAAGUUCGACCGAGCCCUUCGGUUGAGCAAGUCGAUGGAUCAUCGCUCGCCCAACGUCUCACCGCCUCGUAAACGAUCGUACCUCCGACGAUUGUUCAGCUCCAAAAAACAUGACAGCGACGACGAGGACGACGAUGAUCGCUCCUUCUCUCGAGCAACGACCCUCAAUACUGCCCAGAACCUCAAGUUUUCUCGAACGGUGACGAACGAUAAAGUGAUCCUGCACGGGCGUAAAUCCGAGUCCUCGAACGCGGUCGCAUUCCAAGAUUCUCAUUCUUCGACACCCAGCGAGUCGACUCCCCUUCCUUCCCCCUUCCCAGAAAUCAACCAUCGACCGAUUUCGAGUCUUUACAUCUCUUCACCCAAGUUGAUCACGAAACUAGUGUACCACCCCGCCAGUCGACCAAGCAGGAGUCGAUUCGGGUCCGUGCACACGCUCGAAUCCUCCGCCGGCGAUCUACUACUCGCCCCUCAUCCACUUGAUCGUCAUGGGUCCAUAACUCCGCCUGCCAAGGGAACAGCACCCGAAGCGACUCUACCAAGUCGUGCCUCACCGAGUUUGGAAAUGGACGUCGCGCCUUUGGUCAAGAUGAGUCGCUUAGGAUCGCGUGCGACGGGGGAGGAAGAAUCUGGUCAUUUGAGGGAGGUGACGGUCACGUUCCAUUUCGAAACGGGCGGCGGAGGCCUAUUGUCAAAGUGAGUUUCGCUUUGCUCAGUCCUUCUCGCGAGUACUCGCUGAUGUUGUUUUUAUCUACAGUGACGAAGACGAAGCACAGCAAUUCUACGAACACCUCUGCAACCUGAUGGAACGAAGCAAAUGA